GCUUAUUGCGUCGUCUACAGGCAAAGCAGAGAACUGCAACCCCUGCCAAUGUUGUUUUCUUCCAGAACAGUAGGGGGCGAGACAUCCGCAUGCAACGCCUGGCCAGUGGUCUGCCAAAACAAACAGCAAGUUACGAGAAGAAGAAGAAUCGGGAGGAGAAGGCAUCCUUGCUAUUUGGCAAAAGAGGUUGAACGUGCCUUCCGAAUUUGCAAACAAUAUUCAAAUGAUCCAAUAUUUUGACACGCUCUCUACAUGGAAUGUCACCUUGCGCUCGCCAUGGCGAACUUUCGCUCCUUGCUGGAUCCGGACCUGUCGGCUGAACACGACCGGUGCCGUUUUUUCGGCCCCCGUCUGCGCAGCUAGCGUUAGCCACCUCGGCUAACACCAACGCCGUUCGAGCGUAAGGCAAGUCGGAGUUGCGUCGUUGCUAUGCGGCAGCCGACCGCAAAGUGAGGCGACUCCGGCACAGAGCUCGCAGCCUACACCGAAAGGGAAGGAGCGAACGCGGCAGUUGUUUUAAUAGUUGCCGGUAUGUUAUUUAACAAGUGGGGGGGAGAGACUUUAGUUACAAUCAUGUUAUGCCUGGAGAAUCGUUAGUGAACGGAUGGAGCGACGGACAUCACCCCGCUGAAGGUCUCGCUUGACUCGGGCUCGGGGGCAAGGACGUGCGGGUGCAAUCAUGUCGUGUAAAGCCGCCACCAAGGACAAGAAGACGAGCUUCGGUAAGAAGUUGUUCAGGCGAGGCUCGGUGCGCUCCGUGGGAAGCUUCAUGGGCAAAGUCUUGAGGACUCUCACAGCCUUGUCCCACUUCGGUUCGGAGGUGCAAGCCGACGACGACAAGGAUGACGGGGGCUUCUCUGCCUUUCAAUCUGGACUUAAGGACACCCCCGUGGACGACGGGGACAUCGGGCUGUUCCUCUCCGGCGAGAGGAUUCCCGGCGUGUCCGGGCUGAAGAACCACGGCAAUACCUGCUUCAUGAACGCCAUCCUGCAGUGCCUCAGCAACACGGAGCUCUUCGCCGAGUAUCUCGUUCUGGAGCACUACAGGGAAGACGACACCAACGAGGGGGAUAAACCGCAGACAAACGGCGUCCAUGUGCAGAAGAAAGGUCCCAUGGCCAAGGGGGAAGUGACUGAGCAACUGUCUGGACUUGUCCGGGCUUUAUGGACUUUUGAGUACACCCCCCAGCACAGCAGAGACUUCAAGAACGCAGUGUCCAAGAACGCCACACAGUUUAAAGGGAACGCGCAGCACGACGCUCAAGAGUUCUUGCUGUGGCUGCUGGACCGAGUCCACGAGGACCUCAACACUGUCAACCCCGUCGGCAGGCCGACCAUCAGGCCGCCCACCGAAGACGACGACCAAACCGCCGACGGACCCUCCCCGCCGCUCUCUGCUGGCUCGUUUGUGCAGGAGCUCUUCCAGGCUCAAUACAGGUCUUCCCUCACCUGCCCCCAUUGCCAAAAACAGAGCAAUACCUUUGACCCCUUCCUGUGCAUCUCCUUACCCAUCCCCCUGCCACACACGCGGCCGCUGUAUGUCACAGUGGUCUACCAGGGGAAGUACUCUCACUGUUUGAGGAUCGGGGUGGCCGUCCCCCUCAACAGCACCGUGUUCCGGCUCCGAGACGCCGUGUCACGCGAGAUCAAGAUGCCAAUGGACCAGUUCAUUUUGACCGAAAUGUACUACGACGGCUUCCAUCGCUCCUUCUGCGACGACGACGACGACCUGGACAUUAUCCAAGAGAGUGACUCCAUCUUUGCCUUUGAGACGCCGGAGACAUUUAAACAGGACAACCUGCGCACAAAAAGAGGAAGUCUUCUGGCCAACCUGAACCACAACAACCUGAAGUACGGCGUGGAAAAUGGCCGCACGCCGUCUUUCAUGCAAGGGGCGAUGACUCCCGUGGCAUCACCAAAUAAGAACCUGGCCCCUGAAAAAAUGAUCCUGCUGGUGUGCAAUCGAGCCUGCACCGGCCAUCAAGCAAAAAGGUUCGGCUUGCCUUUUGUACUGUACAUGGAGCGCUUGGCUACGUGGGACAUGCUGCAAAAGGAGAUUCUGGAGAAAAUGCGUCAUCUUUUACGACCUGGUGCCUACAUUCAGGUGGGACCUUUUAGCCUCCGUGUGGUCGGCGUGGUGGGGAUCACCUACCUCCUCCCUCAAGACGAGCGACCGCUGUGUCACCCGACGGUAGACAGAGCAUACAAGUCGUGUGGACAGGGCGGGCCACCCCAUGUGAAGAUUGUGGUGGAGUGGGACAAAGAGACCAAAGACUACCUGUUCGGACACACCGAGGAGGAGUACAUCCCCGACGCCGAGAGCGUGUACCUGCACAGAGAUCAGCACCACCAGCCGCAGGCCUGCACGCUGGCUCAGUGUUUCCAGCUGUACACUAAAGAAGAGCAGCUGGCCCCAGAUGACGCCUGGCGCUGCCCUCACUGCACGCAGCUGCAACAGGGCCGCAUCAAGCUCAGCCUGUGGACGCUGCCCGACGUGCUCAUACUACAUCUCAAGAGGUUCAGACAGGAGGGUGACCGCAGGGUGAAGAUGCAAAACAUGGUGAGGUUCCCUCUCAUGGGCAUGGACAUGGCGCCUCACGUGGUGAAAAGAAGCCAGAGCAGCUGGAGUUUACCCUCACACUGGUCGCCGUGGAGAAGAUCCUACGGGCUGGGGAGGAACCCAGAUGACUUCCUCUACGACCUCUACGCCGUGUGCAACCAUCACGGGAGCAUGCACGGCGGCCACUACACCGCCUACUGCAAGAACUCCGUCGAUGGUCAGUGGUACUGCUUUGACGACAGCGAGGUUGCGCCGGUGGCCGACGACGACGUGUGUCAACAGACCGCCUACAUACUCUUCUACCAACGCAGGACCGCCAUUCCUUCAUGGUCUGCCAACAGCUCGGUUGCAGGCUCGACCAGUUCUUCCUUGUGCGACCACUGGAUUAAUAGGCUGCCGGGGAGCCGACCCGCCAGUCUUGCGUCCGGCGCCUCGUCCCGACGCACUUCGCUGGCUUCGCUGGCCGAGUCGGUGGAGAUCCCCGGAGAACGCAGCGAAGACGAUGGUGGUUUCUCCGUCCGGCCCUUCGUGAGGAGCAUCCAGCGUCAGAGCGUGACCUCCAGGUCAUCCGUAGCCAGCCAGUUGGGCUUCUGCGACAGCGGCGUCAAACCGUCGUGGUCGCUCUCGGCUAAGCUGCACAUCCGUUCCAACUCGCCCUCCCGCUUCUCCCUGGACUCUCGCUGCUCGCCGCCCCUCGAGAGGAUCGGCGAGGCCUGUGACGAUCGCGUCUCCACCUCCUGCUUCGGCGGCUACAGCCGGCACGAGCGCUACUUCGCUAACAGGAGCCCGCUGUCCACGGUGGAGCGCAACUACUGCGAGCACGACAACAACAAAAGGUUCCUGGACAUGGUGUACUGCCGCGCUCCCACGCCCGUGGAGAAGACGACGGAAAACAACAACCAGAUUACAGCAAUAGACCAAAACAUCCAAAACGCCCCCUCCAAGGAGCAGAAGCGUAAGAGCAGCGCCGGCAAUUUUGUCUCCAAGGCAGAAAACGCUGGCGCCAGCAAAACCACCAAAGCAGAGCCCGGAAAAACCGCCAAGAAGCGUCUGUGCUCGACCCACAAGCCCUCGCCGCCGGAGACGCUCACCAGCACACCUGUGAAAGGCAAAAAGCCCAUUGCGGCUAAAGAGAAGAGCGACAAGAAAAGCACGCCCACGCCCAGCGGGACGCCCUCCAAAACCAAGGAGUCGCUCCAUCCUCCAGUUUCCGCCCCGCAACACCGUCUUUGCGUUGGCUCGACGCCCAAAUCGUCAGCGACGCCCUCUCCAAGCGCCAAGAAGAACCCCGGCGUCCCGCAGAAAAACCCCGAGAACAGUCGCACGCGCCUGAUCGAGAGGAGCUACAGUCGGGAUUCUGUGGUCAGCACUCAGCGAGGAAGCAUCGCAGCGCGCUCUUCCGCCCCCAAGGCGACGGAGAGCGGCCGGCUGGAGCGCAGAUCCGUCCGCAGCUCCAGCAGCAGCUCCUCCGUCACCAGCCUGCGCUCGCCCAGCGUGUCCACCAGGGAGCUGCAGCGCGCCAGCAAGACUGAAGAGAAAGGCUUGUCCUUCUUCAAGAGCGCCUUGCGACAACGGGAAAGCCGCCGGUCGGCCGACUUGGGGAAAAGCACGCUGCUCUUCAAAAGGGCCUCGGACAGGACGUGCAAGCAGAACGGCCAAGACAAGGAGGCCGGCGUCGAAUGCGGAAAGGCGGCGGACGCCGCGGCUUUCCCGCCGCCCGCAGACGCCCCAAAAUCGGAGCCUCUCAAGCCCGCGGGGUCGCUCGGUCGCUCCCUCCUGCACGUUGGCAAGUCCAAGUCUUCCUCUGCGGACGUGAGUAUCAAGUCUCCCGCUAACGGGAGGAAGCCCCUGGAAAAGAAGACGUCUUCCCGAAAGUUGUCGUUGGGCACUCAGCGGCCUCAGUGACACGGCUAGCGUACGUACGCCUCUCUCUGAAUGCAGCUACUGUACAUUCUUUGUGCCUACCUUCUACUCAUAGCGAUAAAGAUUCGAACUUGGCUGACUCACCCCCUCCCCAAUAUAUUAUAUAUAUCUAUAAUUUGAAGUUUCUGGAAGGAAGACGUCACAUCACACUCAAGGCUGGAUUUACACUGCAGAUUCCUAUUCAAUGGGCGCAAUCAACUUCUGGCUGUUUGGCAAUCGCAAAUUCACGUUUACAGAUUUUGGCGGGAACAUACUGUAUCGUUGGUUUGCUAAUUUGUGCUCAGGCCAAAGCGAUAAUAUUGCUUUGCCACCAUUUUGUGGCGUGAUCCAUACGCCGCAUUAAACCGCGGGCACCAUAUAUGUAAUCGUAGAGUUUUGCGUACAUUUCAACAGACACAGAUCGAUCAUGGUUGUGUAUACACUGAGGGAACAAAACACUUUCAAAGUGCAGAUUAAUAAAUGUCAACAUUGGGCAAUCCCAACACAGAAGUUAACAUUACCUAAAAAAUAAAAAUGUUAAACAUUUCGUAGCAUUUAGUUGAGUAGUUGAACUUGACUGACGGGAACCACGUUACUUCGCUCGCUACCGUUGCCCAGUUAGUCGCUUAUAUUUUACUUUCAUCAUAUUAAUUUAUCAAUGCUUUUUCUGUAAUUUCGAUUAACAGCAGGUUUUCUUUUUACCUGUUUGCUUGGGCAGGUGCUGAUGUGCACAUGUCACCACUCGUACUUUGACGUCCUCAGGCCAGCGUGUAUCCGAUGUGUGGAUUUUGCGUUGAGAAUGGAAGAUAUUUAAUUUGUGUCAUUUGUUUUGGAUGAUUCCAGUUGAUGCCGCUUAAGAGGUGGGGGGGGACACAGACAUUUUUACACACUAAGCAUGCAGUGUAAAUCCAGCCCAGGAAACUAUUUCACCUUGAUGGGUGACCCCCCAAAUCGUCUUUUUUCCCCAAAUAACAUCCCGAUGGUCUCCACUGCGGCGAGGAACACGCCCAAGCACGAAAAGCGGUUCAUUCCCAGACAUUUUUUAGGAACCGUUUUUUUCGUUACAGAUUAAUUUCAUCCAACACAUUCCUCCCUGCUAAACUAUGGAGGUUAAUAAGAGUCCAGGUUGUCGGUGGGUUUUUAGAUAUUUUACAAUUAUUUUUGUUGAGACUUUAUGAUAGAAAUGGUUUUAUAUGGAUGUUUUUUUUUCUUAAAAAAAGUUUUGGAAUGACACCCUUUAAGAAUAUAUAUAUAUCUAUAUAUAUAUAUAUAUAUAUAUAUAUAUAUAUAUAAUGGACGCGUCUGUAUAGAAGGUUCCAGUGUGUAGUAUGAACUGUUGUUUUUGUCUUUCCACAAGAAAGACGAUCUUAAGCGCCUUUUCAACACUAAUAACGCAAACCGAUACUAGUCUACUACUGUAUGCAUCACUGAGUAGGAAUGUUGUAUUAUUCUGCACUUUUAAGUAGAUGACUAGUUUCCUCUCCUCCAGUAACUCACGUUGGGACAACACUAGAAACUUUAACAAUGUGUAUCCGUUUCACAUGUCUUCUUAGCAUUAUGCGCUUUCAUGCCUUAGACUUACGACUAGAAGAAAAAGGUACAUUUAUGUCAUGUGACCCAACGCCCCUCUCCACAUGGUGCUGUUAACCGGGACGACGCGCCAAUCAAUUUCAAAGCAGAACUCGGCGGUACCUCUCUUUACGUGGGUUUUACUCCUUCAUAUGCCUGAAAAUGCAUCCAUUAUGGUAUCAUGACAUGUACCGUAAUUUCUGGCCUACAGAGCGCUCCUGUUUAUAAGCCUCACCCAGUACAUUUGGAAAGGAAAUACCGUUUGGUACAUACAUAAGCCCCACCUUUGUAAAGGCCGCAAGUGCCCACAUUGAAACACGAGAUAUUUACAAAGAAAGACGGUACACAGAAAGAAUUUUUUCGAAGUUUUAACACCUUUUCUUAACAUAGCAAAAACACGGUAGCACAAACAGGGCUGUUUAAAAAAAAAAAAAAAAAAACAGCUGCGGCAGCUACACAGUAGCAACAUAGCACUAACAGGACCGGUUAAAAAAAAGAUACCUAAAUCACUGACACAUGGCAAUACCACAGCAGCAACAUGCUAGCGUGGCGCUAGCAGGGCCGGUUAAAAAUAAGCAUACCGGUAGAAAUCACUAAGACACGGCAGUAACAUAGCAGCCAACACGCUAGCAUGGGGCUAAUGUUAGCGCGGCACUAACAGGGCCGGUUAAAAAAAAAAAAAAAAAAAAAUCACUGAGACGUGGCAGUAAUACAGCUGCAACAUGCUAGUGCGGCACUAACAGAGCCGGUUAUAAAAAAAAACGGUAAAAAUCACUGAGACGCCAAUAACACAGGAGCCAACACGCUAGCACAGCGGUAACAGGGCUGGUUAAAAAACAAAAACAAAAAAAAAACACACUGGUAAAAAUAACAGACACGGCAGUAACACAGCAGCAA